AGGGGCUCUUCCUGCCGCGGGGCUCAGGCUCCGGCUUGGCGCUGUGAACCGGUGUCCUCGUCUAACUCUGCCCGCAGCGGGGCGCGGCGCCUCCCGGCCCCGUGCCGCAGCCGGACGCCACUCUACGGGCACCGCUGGGAUGUCGCGUCGGAGCCCGGGGGUCGGCCGAGCCGCCCCGUCGGACCCCUGUGGGGACCGCCUCGGUGAUCUCGGUGAGGAAGUGGAAUCGGGAAAAGUGGAAGGAGGUGAAAUUCAAGUGGCCAUAAAGAGCAGCGGUGAGGGCAGCCCCACAGAAAACAUCGCUGCCACUCGUUUUGGGGGUACCACAGUGACAGCCAGCCGUCCGCCUGUCCCUUGUGGAUGGGAAAGAGUUGUGAAGCAAAGAUUGUCUGGGAAAACAGCAGGAAGAUUUGAUGUAUACUUUAUCAGCCCACAAGGACAGAAGUUCCGAUCCAGAAGGUCACUUGUUAAUUACCUUCACAAAAACGGAGAGACUUCUCUUAAACCAGAAGCUUUCGAUUUUACUGUACUGUCUAAAAGAGUCAUCAAGUCAGAACAUAAAGACUUCAGCCUUGCAGCUCUGACUGCCCAGCUACAAAAGGAAAGUGAUGCUUCAAACCAGAACCUCAGGACACGAAGCAGGAGGAAAAGAAAUGCUUCUUGUGCUGGUUCAGAGUUGCAAGAUAGCAGAGCACUAUCAACCUCUAACCCCAUCCCUUUGCUCUUGAAAGAAGAUGAAGUUGUUCAUGAGGUUAAGCUCAGGAAGGUCAGGAAGUCCAAAAGAAAGAUGACUAUGUUGAAAGAAAUUCCAGUUAAGAAAAUCAAAAAACAGCGCAGGAAGUGUCUGCCUGGUUCUGUUCAAAGUAAGAGAAAAACAGGAUCUGUACCUCAUCAAACAGGUGCUGAAAAUGAGCCUGUUGCACAAGAAAGUCAACCUGACUCCAUUUCAGAUAGCAGAGCAAGCGACCAGCCCCUCAGUGUGACCAGUGCAGAAAGGAGCCUUGUAAAAGAGACAUCUCUGAGUUCGGGAUCAGAUUCUCAUUUUGAACAAAUCACCUCUGGCAUCACAAACCAAUCAUGUCCAACCGCAGAAGCAGAUGACAAGACACGUGAAGAGAUCAGAACAGAAGUAGCCGAUGGGGACAGGAAGCAUCAUUUGCAUACUGACAUUUUAAAAUGUGGUUCUGAAAUGCGCAACUGCUCUCAAGCCAAGAGUGACCUUAUUUCUGAGAAAAUGUUCCAAGAAAAUGCCAUCCCACGGGCACAAAUAGAAAAAAGGAAAACAAGCCUGUAUUUUUCUAGCAAGUAUAACAAAGAAGCUCUCAGCCCCCCACGACGCAAAGCCUUUAAGAAAUGGACUCCUCCUCGGUCACCUUUUAAUCUUGUUCAAGAAACCCUUUUCCAUGACCCAUGGAAGCUCCUCAUUGCAACUAUAUUUCUCAACCGCACCUCAGGCAAAAUGGCAAUUCCUGUGCUCUGGGAGUUUCUAGAGAAGUACCCCUCAGCUGAUGUCGCAAGAGCUGCAGACUGGAGAGACGUGUCAGAACUUCUUCGGCCUCUUGGUCUCUACGAUCUCCGUGCAAAAACCAUUAUCAAGUUCUCAGAUGAGUAUCUGACAAAGCAGUGGAAGUAUCCCAUCGAGCUCCACGGUAUCGGGAAAUAUGGCAAUGACUCUUACCGGAUCUUUUGUGUCAAUGAGUGGAAGCAGGUACACCCUGAAGACCACAAAUUAAAUAAAUAUCAUGACUGGCUUUGGGAAAAUCAUGAAAAAUUAAGUCUGUCUUGAGCCUUUUGAAGUUUUUUUUAACUUGUCUUUUAUGCAUGGCUUUGUAGUUUUUAAGAGCUCCAAGCUAUUCAAUGAGCUGUUUAUCCAGACAUACAGGUUCUAAAGCUGUUUCCAUGGGUGGAUCUUUAUUGCUGAAGGUUCUAGAACAUAUUUUGAGAUUUAAAUUUUCUUUUGGCAACACUGGAGUUUGAACUCAAGACCUCACCCUUGCUAGCUAGGCUGGCACUUAUCCUUUGAGCCAUUUCUUUAGCUGGGCUUUUUGUUGGUUAUUUUGGAGAUGGAGUCUAGUGAGAACUUUUCUGCCUGGGCUGGCCUCAAACCAAAAU